GGCCGGACUGUGCAGGCAGGGAGGAGAGACAGAAUAUUAGUAUUCAGAGCACAGGGAGGGAAAGGAGGAUAGGCAGCGAGAGGGAGGAGCGAGCCGGAAAAACACGAGCAAAGGAGGAAAAUAGAAGAAAAGAUCAGGGGAGACAGGAGGUUGACGGAGGGGAGGGAGAUACCAUAUUGCCCAUUUCUCCCUCUCAGUCUGCUAUCCUGGCUGCGGGGUCGGUGCGUCUUGGGGAGAGGACAGGGAAGAGAGGGGGCUGGACUGAGUGGAAACGGCGCGGAAUGCUCCUUUCCAAGCGUCGCAUCUGACAGAAGCAGGAGCUCGUAAAUCGGAGCAGCUCAGGAAGGAGGAGGACAGUGUUUCUGCGGCGCAGAGGUGAUGCUGGAGAGCUUUGAUGAAGAAUCUUCAGAGGCGUUUCCCCUUCCUCCAGCAGAAGCUAAAUGAGUCAGACUUCAGCUUGUGGUGAAGCGAUAGAGAAAAAUACUCAUCUGCAGGCAUCCAUUUAUGAUCUUGGAACUAUUAGGAAAAUAACAAGCUGAAGGUUUAUGCAUGCACUGCGGGGAUAGCACCCUGUUCCCCAGCCAAAUCCAUUUGCAAGGAAAAUAUCUCAUGCAGAGUGACUCGGCCCUGGCUCGCAAAUUCAGCACGAUGCAGAUCCUCAACAGUUGAGGUCAGCAAAGUGAAAGUGAGAGGGGAGUUGACGGACAUGUCAGUCAGGUCUCUGUGAUCCAGACCAGGACUUCCACCAAGCUUCCCCUGUUCGUCCUCCACCAGCUGCCUCCUAUUCCCACUUCAAGACCUGUAAAAGGUGGAUGGGCCAGCAAAGCUCUUUCCCAGGUGCCGUCCGAUAGGUGAGGGCGGCGUUGGCUGCGCUGUCAUUGGCUGACUGCUGGUGAGAGUGCGAUGCAGAUUGGAGCAUGUCGGGGGACUGGGAAGAAGACCUGUGUAAGAAGGCGCUGAUGUUUGUGGAAGAGCUGUGCCUCAACUCCCCGAAGGGUUACAGCCAGAGUGAACGCUGCCAGGAGUUCAGGUACCUGCUGGGAGGUCGCAGCAGUCGGGUGGACACAGAGAUCUCUGUCAGCCUGCUGUCUGUCAUCGUGACUUUCUGCGGCAUCGUCCUCCUCUCUGUCUCCCUGUUUGUCUCCUGGAAGCUCUGCUGGCUGCCAUGGCGGGACCAGGAGGGCGGCGGUCUGAGUCUGACGUCGGGGUUGCUCCCUGGAUGUGCCGGUGUUGGAAGCCUCGGAGGCACUGGGGGGUCAUCGCUCCUACCACAGGCGCUGCAGAGGAAGGAUGGCCACUCCUCCUCCUCCCUGUACCCCUCACUUGGACAGCAGCACCACCCCCAUUUCUCUGACUUAGUGGGGUUAGAGAGGGGGGAGGUUGGAGGAGUGGUUGGGGGACCACAGGAGACCCAGGAGCACUCGUACCUGGACAUGGACUCCUACCCCAACAAUGCAGGAACUCUGAAACUCAGUCAGACGUCUCCAGAUGUUCCAAACUCAGAAGGUGGAGCUCAACCCCAAAAAGAUCUGCCCAACGCACAUUCGCAGCAGCAGGUUACCCCACGGCCCAAGCCAAUGACUCACCAGCUCUCUAGCCCUGAUUUCCACGGAGAGGAGAAGGAGCAGGUCACCUGCAUUGGGCAGAUCAAGCCGGAGCUCUACAGACCCAAAGGCGACCAGGGCGAAGGCAAACAGGGCGACAACUGCGGCAAGAUCAGCUUCCUCCUGCGUUACGCCUUCAAUACGGAGCAGCUGGUGGUGAAGAUCCUGAAAGCUUUGGACCUGCCGGCGAAGGACGCGAACGGCUUCUCUGACCCGUAUGUGAAGAUUUACCUACUGCCAGACAGGAAGAAGAAGUUCCAGACCAAGGUCCACAGAAAGACUUUGAAUCCAGUUUUCAAUGAGACGUUCCAGUUUGGCGUGCCGCUGAACGAACUACAUUCCAGAAAGCUGCAUUUCUCCGUGUACGACUUCGACCGCUUCUCCCGGCACGACCUGAUCGGCCAGGUCGUGGUCGACAACCUGCUGGACUUCAGCGAGGGGAGCGGGGACAAACCCAUCUGGAGGGACAUCGUGGAGGGCACUGCGGAGAAGGCGGAUCUCGGGGAGCUUAAUUUCUCGCUGUGUUACCUGCCCACAGCAGGCAGGCUCACCGCAACAAUCAUCAAGGCCAACAACCUCAAAGCCAUGGACCUGACUGGUUUCUCAGACCCGUACGUCAAGGCGUCUCUGAUAUGUGACGGGCGAAGGCUAAAAAAGAGGAAGACCUCGAUCAAGAAGAACACGCUGAACCCCACGUACAACGAGGCGCUGGUGUUCGACAUUCCCAACGAAAACAUAGAAAGUGUGUCCAUCAUCAUCGCAGUGAUGGAUUACGACUGCAUCGGUCAUAACGAGGUUAUUGGGAUGUGUCGUGUGGGCAGCGACGCUGACGGUCCCGGGAGGGAGCACUGGGCGGCCAUGCUGGCCAAUCCACGUAAACCAAUAGAGCACUGGCAUCAGCUUGUCGAGGAAAAAGCUAUCGGUACAUUUGUGUCAAAGAGCGCCACAACGCCCACUUCCAAGCCUCAUAUAGUGGUGGACAGUCCCCACUCCGACUGAAAGGGUCAUUAUCAUCUCCACAGCUCCAGACUUUCCUUUUCUUCUUCUCAUCUGUGAAUAAUUCUCUCCAUCAAAGAAGAGAGGUGCAGAGACAUGGCGAGUGUCCAACUGCUAGUGCUGGUUUGCUUCUGCUAAUGAAUACUUUGAGUCCUGCGCUGUCUUUGCCGAUCAAAAGAAAAAAGGGAAGAAAAAGAUGAAAUAACUUCAUCCCUCAUUGGCUACACUUUGAGCGUUUGUCUGCACAAACAACGGCAGACAUUAAACCUAACCUUUGGACUGACGUCUGCUGUAAAUUUGGGAUUCGAGCAAGGAGAUGCACACUCUUUUCUCUCACACACGCAUAAAUACACACACGAGUGGUAGUAUGUGCAUAGAUUAUGUGCUCUUCAGGUUAGUGUCGUGUUUCAUCUUGAAGGGAUGUGAUGUGACAAACUUUUCUCUCGUUAGAAGAAAAAAACGAUAAAAGACAACCAUUGUUGAAUGGUCGUUUUAACCUGGACCAAAGGUUCGUGCCCUUGUACAGACUGCGAAGAAGAAAAUCUAUCUUUUUUUUUUUUUUUUUUUUGCAACAUUGGUGUGCAAUAUUAGGAAAAAUAUCUCCAGUAAGAUUUCAAAGACACAAAGCAUUCAUGAUGGAUUCUCCUGGCCGAUCUGGAUGCUGCUCUGGGGUCUGUGCCCUCCAGUUUCACAGUCCAGGGAGGAAUAAAAAAGAUGAAGCGACUGGUGGUCGUUAUUGAUGUCAGAGGAAACUGAGGACAGACUUUUGGUCUGAGCAUGUUACACAACCUUGAAAUGCGGCCAUCCUUCUUGUCCCAGUCCUCGUUCAUUUUUUUUUAUCAGUCAUUUUUGCGCGGACAUUUAUGUCAAGCAUCCAUCUAUCAGCUCAAUAGAGUUUAUUUAUGUCAUUUUGACCGUCCACUAACAAAAAGAGGGUGUGGGUUUCCUGAAAGGACGCAAUCAGACAUUGAACUCUACGGGACCUGAGAUGUGUUUUUGGAGUCGGACCAGCAUCUGCUCGGAGAUGCACCCCACAGGAAGUGCAUUCACUCUGUUGUUUUUUUCUAUGCUUUGUUCCCUCAGAAGCUCAUUGGUCGGCUUCCGUUCAGUCUCUUGACGAGGCUUUGGAAGAGCACACAUGUCUGUUACUUUAAUAGUGCGUGUUUCUGUGUUUGUUUUGUAUUUGUGUGCCUGUGUGUGUGUGUGUGUGUGUGUGUGUGUGUGUGAGUGUGUGUGCUCACCACCUCCUUCAUCCUGUUUCCGUUUCCCAAAACUCAGCAUCCAUGGACCGAACAGCUUGUCUCGGCGCCAAACGUGUCUUCUGUCUUGUGCAUUUAAAAGAAGGCGUUUAAUCUGUGUGUGUCUGUGUACGUCUGUGUGCGUGUGUAUGUGCGUGUGUGUGGGAGCGUGUGUGUGUGUUCUACUUGUGCCUCAUUGCACUAGCUGGGGAAACACUGUCUUUCAUAGACAUUAGUUUGUAUUGUCUAUGUCGUCUUUAAAAUCAGCUGCCAGUCACCCCCUCCCCUCUCUUCCUGCAGCCUCUGCCUGAUGUAAGUAACUGUGUUGAUUGUGUACUUCUUCAGUAAUUUGUGUAAUGUUUGUCUGUCGGGGGGGUGUCAGAUGGCAUUGUGUUCAAAAUUGAAAAUUACAGAGUGUGUUUCUAAUUACAUUUAGAAAAAAAAGCAGCAAUUGUUUAUUAAUUAUAGAGGGGGGGAGCUAAAAAUAAAGUAGAUACACUAAAAGGAGGUGAAGAGGUAGAGGGAGAAAAAACAGGAGCAAACCUCAGCAAAACACCACAACAACCCUCGUCCUGCUGUUGUUGCCAUUUUCCUCUGAUCUGUUUGCUGGAGAAUCCUUUUUCUGAAUCAGGUUUUCCGAAGGUACUCCAUGUUUUCACUGUUUUGCAAAAGAAGGGAUUAUGGAUCAGCUUGUAUAUAUAGAAAUGGUAUCGAUCUAUUGGCGCAGACGUCUCACGAUUCUCCAUCUUUCUCAGCCCUUCUCGUCUUUGCCCUCUGAGGCCUUGUGAUAGAUUACAAGCUCCCCCUCAGAACCAGCACAGUCCCUCAUUCUCUCCCUGUGAGCCAGCUCACCCUUCUUUCUGUCCGUCUGAUUACUGUCUGAUUACUCAUCCUCUCCUUCUCGCCGCGAGCAAUCCUCACCUGUUCCCUCUGCUCCCAUUCUCUGGCUCACCUAUCCAGAUCCUUCUCUUUGCACCCGCCCUCUCCUGUCCUCUUUCCUUCCAUCUUACUUUUUCUUCUUCUUCCUCCCUCCGUCUUUUCGCUCUCCCUCUUUGCUCUCCUCUCGCCUGUGUGGUCCUGGAUGUGGAAACAUGUUUGCAUGCUUAUAUUAACAUGAAUGAUGUCAACUUGAUGCAAUGAAAAUUCUAUAAGUGAUGCUUUGAGCAAAAUCUGACUUGAUACUAAUACUACUAACGAGGACUCAGUGGAGACCAAACCGUUGACAACAUGGCUGAAAUAACAUUGUUAAUGCUGUAACUGUCUCAAUUGGUAUUCUUUUUAUUUUAUAGAUUCUCCUCUUUUUUAUAUGAUUUAGUCCAGAGGUUUACUUUUUUAUUAGGAAAUGGUGGGAAUCUGAGUGGGGGUUCAGUCAGAACAGCUGUACCAAGUCACGGGAUGCCAGUGAAUGUGUAUGUAAGUGUGGCUGAAGCAAUGAUAAAUGAAAUAAAGCAAAUGUAUCAUCCA